AUGGCGGCCCCGGGCCCGCUGUCACGGCAACGGGUCCCGCCGCACUUCCGGGCCCCCCCCCGCCCGCUGAGGCUUCCACGGCAUUCCUGGCCCGCCGGCGGCACCGCGGCGACCUCCUGGCGCCUCCCAGCAGCAGCAGCGGCCGCCCGGCGCCCGCGGCCCGGUGUCCCCGGUGUCCCCGGUGUCCCCGGUGUGCCCCUGCCCCGGCCCUGCGUGUCCCCCGCGCCCCGGCCGCCCCCUCCCCCUCGGCCCUGCCCCGCGGCGGGGCUGCAGCUCCCGCUCCGCGCCCGCAGGGGGCGCCCAAGCCGCGCCGCCGCCGCUCGGGAGCGGGGCCAGGACCGGGAGCGCCACCGGAAGCGGCACCGGAACCGGAACCGGCAGCGGCACCGGAAGCGGCGCGGACCGGGGCGGCUCCCGCGGCGCGGCUGCAGGGGCGCCCAAGCCUGGGGCCGUGCUCGGGGCAGCCCGCGCCCGCAGCGCCUGACGCCCUCAGGGGCCCCGGAGCUCCGGGAGGGGCUUCCCGCAGCCCCCCCGGUGUGCUCCCCCCGGUGUGCUCCCCCCGGUGUGCUCCCCCAGGUGUGCUCCCCAGGGCCGGAGGAGGAGGAGGCGCGGCGCGAAGGCGGCCAGGCAGGGCCCGGCCCCGGGGAGAGCGCCGUGAGCACAGCAGGUCCAGAGUAUCAAGAUGGAAGGGGACAAUCUUCCGUGGAGACAUCCAAAGUGCUGCGUGAGAUCCUGAGGGAGCUGAAGGUGAUAGUAGGAGGUGUGAAGAGCCUGAGGCUGAGCGGCGCUGUCAGCAGGAGAUCCGCCAGCGCCGGGAGCAGCGGGGCAGAGCCGGACGCCGAGCCGGACGCUGCGGACGACGGCGCCGACGCCAACGCCGUGCUGGGCAGGGCAGACUCCAACGCUGUGGAUGCCAACUCCUUCCAGACGUACUGCAUCGAAGGCGUCGUGGCCAUCCUCGGCUCCAUGCUGCUGGGGAUGGUGCUGUGCUGUGUGCUCCAUGUCUGGAGGAAGAGGAGAAAGUGAGCUGCCGGGGCGGAGGCGAGCUGCUGGGGCGCUGCUGGGUGGCGUGGGGCGCCUCGAGCUCUGGAUGCCUGGUAGAUCUCUGUGGACAUGGGUGCUGUGGGCCGCCCCAGAGCUCUCUGAGUGCCCACGGCUGCCCCGGGCAGCCCACGGCCCGCGGGGUGCCCAGGCUGCUCCGCACCCCCAUGCCCACCCCGCGCCCCCGCCGUGCCCCAGCAGCUCCCUCUGCCACAGGCGCCUCGCAGCUGCCCGGGCCAGCUCAGGGCCGGGCAGGCAGCAGAGUGUUCGGAGAAUGUUUGUGUUUAUAAAUAAAGAGCAGCAGCACAGUCAGUUGUGUUGCACUGGCAGCAGACUCACACGGGUGCCACUGCGGGGCCUGGGGGUCCCCUGGGUCCUGAGGGGGUGCCCCACGAUGCCACUGGU